AUGCAGCUCAAGACUUUUACGUUGCUUUUCGCAGUGCAAACUACCAUUGCUAGCCAAGUAAAAUGGGCAGGUGUCAACUUGUUUGGUCUCGCCAACGAUGUCAACAUCCUCGGAUCAGCUUACAACACCUUCCUCGACCUGUCCUGCAAGCCAAGUUAUCACAGCUAUCCAUACAUAAACACCGUUGAAGACUACAAGUCAUGGCACGACAAAGGCUUCAAUCUAUUUCGAAUUGCUAUGGCUUGGCAACAUGUUCAGACGUCGCUUGGGGGCAGCCUGAAUGAGACCAACAUGGAAGCAGUUGACAAGCUGGUAAGGGCUAUUACCGAUGACGGUGGACAAGCCAUCCUGGAUAUUCACAACUAUGCACGUUGGUACUGCGCCGUGAUUGACCAACCUGAAGUGUCAUUCCUCAAUCCCAACAUCACCGUUACGAACGACCUCUUUGCCGAUCUCUGGACAAGGCUUGCCGAAAGGUACAAAUCAAACCCCAAGGUCAUCUUCCAACUCAUGAAUGAGCCUCAUGAUCUCGACAUUGCCAAAUGGAGCACAACCAACCAGGCGGCAAUUCUUGCAAUCCGAAACGUCACCGACAAACAGAAGAUUCUUGUCUCAGGAACACAAUUUGCUCGUCUCGUUGACUGGGAAGCUUUCUCUCAACCAGGCAUCGGUCCCGGCCUCAUUCAAGACCCCGCCAACAACACUCUCUACGACUUCCACCAGUACUUUGACGAUAUCGCUGGCGCAUAUGGUCUCUGCGAGCCCUGGAGUGGUUUCGUCAAGAGGUUUGAAGAAGUCACUCGCAUCUUGCGCCGCAAUGGCUUUCAAGGAAUGGUCACAGAGUUUGGAGGUGGACCUUUCCCCCAGUGUGCUGACACGAUUCAAUCUAUGCUGGCAUUCCUCGAUCGCAACAGUGAUGUCUGGUAUGGAUGGACUGCUUGGGGUAGCUUCAAUGAGGGCUCGGACUUGUACCUGAGUUUGGACAGGAACUCGACCUACAACCUUAUCACUAGGACUCUGGAAAAGUUCGUUCCGAAGUAG